UAAUGUGUGUGGGAGGAGACGGGAGGCGCAGGCCGGAGCCACGAGGGUUGGGACGACCCGGGGCCACCACCACCACCACAGAUAAGUGACAGGAAGCUUACCGCUUGACGAGUCUUAGAUUGAUCGUCGCUGUGCUCGUCCUCUUGCAAUCAGUCAUCAUGUCAGCCACGUUACGUCCCUAUCUGAAUGCUGUACGGCACACACUUUCUGCUGCCAUGUGCCUUCAGAAUUUCAACUCUCAAGUUGUAGAAAGACAUAAUAAGCCAGAAGUAGAGGUUAGAUCAAGUAAGGAGCUCUUGAUGACUGCUGUUGUUGUUAGUCGAAAUGAAAAAGAGAAAGUUCUCAUAGAACCGUCCAUCAACUCCAUCAGGAUUUCCAUCUCUAUUAAACAAGCAGAUGAUAUUGAACGUAUUCUUUGUCAUAAAUUUAUGAGAUUUAUGAUGAUGAGAGCUGAAAAUUUCAUAAUUUUACGAAGAAAACCUGUACAGGGCUACGACAUAUCUUUCCUCAUAACAAACUUCCACACUGAGCAAAUGUUCAAACAUAAACUGGUAGACUUUGUCAUUCACUUCAUGGAGGAGAUUGAUAAAGAGAUUUCGGAGAUGAAAUUGGCAGUGAAUGCUCGAGCAAGAGAAUGUGCCAUGGAAUACUUAAAAAGGUUCUGAGUGGUAAUGAAAAUUUUAAUGGGACAGCAAUGUCAAAUCAUCGGCGAUGAGGUAAAUGGUGUGUUUUGCCUUAACCUUCACCUAGCGUCUCAUGUUUGAAAAACAAACUGUUUAUGACCUUGAUUUUGAUGUGUAAUGCAAUAAUUUACAGUGGCUUGUUUUAUUUUAUAUUCAGAAGAUUGCAAUUUCUAAAAUUAAUAUAAAAUACUUUUCAGUUAAUAUUAAUAGUGACACAAAGUUCCUUCUGUUACACACAUGAAAUGAAGUUUUGUUAUGUUUGUGAAGGAAGGACUAUUCGCAACAAAAUAUUGGAGGGGCACUGCAAUACUGUAGUUAUAUAUCAAACGAACCAUUCCAGAUUUGUUUUUUUUAUCUUUCCCUCUUCCAAGUUGUAUAGCAUAUAAGAUGUACUUUUAUACUGGUUGUCAAAGGAAGAGUUAUGCAAGAUUGGCAAGAUUUUUGUCUCUGCUGCUCUCUUGUUAUAGCUUAAGGUAUGAUACAACAAUUUUGUUCAUGGAUGAUAGUUUCAUUUGUUCAGUGCAUCAUACUUAAAAGUAUACAGUAUAUUUAGUAGCUGAUAUUGAAGAAAUCUUUAAACCAACAGUGUCUUCAUUGGGAAAUAGUAUCUACAGCAGCACAGAUGAUAGUUUAGUUAAUGACAAUUGCAGUCAUGAUGCUAAUGUAAGUAAUUAAGUCAAGUUUAAACUUGUUUAAUUUACUUAAUAAAAUAAUGAGCAUUGUCAUUAUUAGACAUGCUAUUUAAACCUGGUAAAGAAUGCUGUCAUUUGCAACUGAUCACCAUUUUAUACAUUAUCAAUUUUUUUUUAUAUUUAGGUAAUUAAUUGUUGGUGGUGUAUUGAUAGAUCAUUUUAGAUCAUUAAGUACUGCAUCCCACACAUUUGAUAUGAAAGGAAAGUGACAUUUUGGUCCAUCAUGGUUCCUUAAGUUGAAAGUGAUGUUACGGGAUCCUGGACAGACCAAAACAUCAUAAUCUUAUCGUCAUAUAUGAAAUGCAAGUAAUUUGUUUUCAGUACAUUAUUGCGACUUGUUCUCUGCAUGUACCAUAAGAAACUGAACAGUGGCUUCCUGUGCUAGUAUGACAGCUAAUCCAUUGACUGUUGUAUCAAAAGAACUUAUAUUUAACCAAAUUGUGAAGUAUUUGGAUUUAAUUUUUUUUUAUUAUGCAGGUUAAUGUUAAAUUAUUCAGCAUACUUAUAUAUCUACAGUACAAGCACUGAACUUUUUUUUUUUCAAGUUCAUACCUGUCAUUGUGUUAAAUUUGAGGAAUAAAAGUUUUCCUCGGCGAGUUGAUUGUCAUUAGCGUAUAUCUGUUUUUAAUAAUGUCUUAUUAUUCCUAAUUAUUUCAGCAACGCCAAAAAUUAAUUUGGUUGCAUGUAAAUCACGCACAAUAAAUCUGAAACUUAAGAUUUUUAGGCAGAGCAAAAUCAGUUGUCAUUCCCCUGUCAUUGGUUAAGUAUUAUAAGGAAUAGUUCGAAAACUACUAGUCUUAUUUGGAGUGACAUCGGUAUGUCUUUGUUAUAUUUUCAUAGCCCUUUUUGCACUGUAUUUUAUCUUUGAUGUUGACAAGACAAUUUUAAGAUUUUAUUAAUUUUGGAAAUUUGAUUUACGAAUGGUAUAUUGAAUUGAUUUAUAUAGUUAUUUGGCUCUUUGGAGCUGCAUGUUGGAAAUACAUGUGUAAUAAUUAA